AGAUGGGUUUUUGAGUUUUGACAGUUUUUUUAGUAGACAAAGCCAAAGGGUUUAUUAUUUUAUUUUCUUUUAAGGCCUGAUGGUGAAAAAAUCUUCUGGGUCCCUUCUCUUCAAUGCAAUCUAGUUGUUAAUUUGCAAACCCAUUUCCUGUUUACUCUUGGGUUUGUUGUAGAUGAAAGCUGAGUUCUUUGAAACAAUGUGCAACAGUUCUUCAGUCUGAAGCUGUACUUCAUCAGCAAAAAUAGUUCUUUGGGGAGGAGAAGAACGGUUCCUUGAAGCUCUGCAACUCAAAGACUGAGUUUUCUACGUUUAGGGAAAGUGAUGGCUUUUUGUUAACUCAUAGUGAAGUUCAUUAGUUGUUUCAUAUGUGUUUCAGAAAUCAUUGUGUUGCUUUCUAAGGUUGCAAUCACCUUUCUAUACUGCACAAAAUGUCAUCAUUUUGUCUGUUAUUUCACUGUAUAUAAGUCUACGAGUGAGUUGUGUGUUUUUUUUUUUUUAACUCGUAGAUUUGGAGCACGCUUUGCUAGAUUAUGUCUUUUGUCAAAUGGUAUUGGACUUGAGAAUUAGAAGCUUAAAAAUCUCACUUUUUCUCCUAGCUGAGCUAUUUUAUUUUUCUUCACUUGGGUGAAUUCGUUUGUAGGAAUAGAAUGAAGUUUGGUGGGCUUUUUGUAUUAUUCCUACUUUUUCUAUCUGCCAUGGCGCAGCUUCCUUCACAGGACAUUUUGGCUUUACUUGAAUUCAGAAAGGGUAUCAAGCGUGAUCCCACUGGUUAUGUCCUAAAUUCUUGGAAUGAUGAGUCUAUAGACUUUAAUGGCUGUCCUUCUUCUUGGAAUGGAAUUGUCUGCAAUGGUGGGAAUGUUGCUGGGGUUGUUCUUGACAACUUAAGUCUUUCUGCUGAGGCAGAUUUGAGUGUAUUUGCAAAUCUCACAAAACUUGUCAAACUUUCCAUGGCCAACAACUCAAUCAGUGGCAUAAUUCCAGACAAUAUAGCCGACUUUCGCAGCCUCCAGUAUCUUGAUGUCUCCAAUAAUCUUUUCUCUUCUCCCCUACCAGUGGGGAUUGGUAGAUUACAGAGCUUACAAAACCUUUCAUUAGCUGGGAACAACUUUUCCGGCUCCAUUCCAGAAACAAUUUCAGGACUUUCCUCCCUCCAGUCAUUGGAUAUGGCUAGAAACUCCUUUUCAGGGUCACUACCAACAUCACUGACAAAGCUAGACAAUCUGGUGUUUCUUAAUAUGUCUUUGAACAGCUUUAACAAGAAAAUCCCAAAAGGAUUUGAGCUGAUUUCAGGUCUUGAUGUAAUUGACUUGCACGGGAAUAUGCUGGAGGGCCAUCUUGAGGUUGAAUUUUUUCUCCUAACAACUGUCACUCAUGUCGAUUUUAGCAGCAAUAUGCUAACUAGUUCACAGCAAGAAAAGUUUUUAGCAAGAAUUUCUGACACUAUUAAAUUCCUGAAUCUUAGCCAUAACCAGCUUACUGGAUCACUGGUAAGUGGCGGUGAGCUCCAAAUAUUUGAAAACUUGAAGGUCUUGGAUUUAAGCUACAAUCAGCUUUCUGGUGAACUUCCUGGAUUUAGUUUUGUCUAUGAUCUCCAAGUCCUCAAGCUCAGUAACAACAGGUUUUCUGGAGAGAUCCCCAACAACCUAUUAAAGGGAGAUUCUCUGGUCUUAAGUGAACUAGAUUUGAGUGGCAACAAUCUCUCAGGGCCAAUAAGCAUGAUUUCAUCAACGAAUUUGCGCACUCUCAACCUUUCCUCUAAUGAACUUACUGGUGACUUACCAAUGCUGACGGGAAGCUGUGCUGUACUUGAUCUUUCAAACAAUCAGUUUGAUGGAAAUCUAACCAUGAUGGAAAAAUGGGGAAACAUUGAAUUCCUUGAUUUGAGUCGGAAUCAUUUGACAGGAAUCAUUCCUGAGGUAACCCCACAAUUUCUGCGCUUAAAUUAUCUCAAUCUCUCAGGAAAUUGGCUUAGUAGUUCUCUUCCACGUGUAAUAACUCGGUAUCCAAAGCUUAGAGUUGUUGAUCUCAGUUCCAACCUGUUGGAUGGAUCAGUUAAUGAUUUGCUGACAAUGUCAACCUUGCAAGAAGUUCAUCUUGAUCAUAAUUUAUUUACGGGUGCUAUUAAAUUGUCAUCUCUGUCUCCCAGUGACUCUAAUCUUCAGAUUCUUGAUCUUUCUCAUAACCAGUUUAGUGGCUAUUUUCCUGAUCAAUUGGGUUCUACUCCGAUUCAAGUACUCAAUAUUGCAGGAAACAACUUUUCUGGUUCUCUACCCACUUCGAUUACUGAUUUGAGCUUGCUAAGCUCAUUAGACAUAUCGCAGAAUCAUUUUACAGGUCCUCUGCCAAAUAACUUGCCUGAUUCCCUUCAAGGCUUUAAUGUUUCCUACAAUGAUCUUACUGGAGUUGUGCCAGAGAACCUGAGAAAGUUUCCAAGAUCUUCUUUCUUUCCUGGAAAUGAUCGUUUGAGUUUUCCGGGUGGUUCUCCCGCAUCAAGCAAUUCUCCGGCUGAAAACUCCAAGAAAAAGUCACUCAAGACAGUGGUCAAAGUAAUAAUAAUAGCAUCUUGUAUUGUUGCUUUGCUCAUUAUUCUUCUGCUUGCCAUCUUUGUUCAUUACAUUCGUAUCGCAAGAAGAAUCCCCCCAGAGCACACAAUCAAAAAGGAUGCCAGCAGGCAUGCUCAACCGAACCCCUCUAGAAUUCGUGGAACAGACACUGUUGGUACUUUGACUGUUUCAGCUGAGGAUCUUGUAGCAUCGAAAAAAGGAUCCUCGUCUGAAAUUAUCAGCUCGGAUGAGAAGGCGGUGGCUUUUGCUGGCUUUUCUCCUUCGAAGAACAGCCAUUUGUCUUGGUCACCAGAGUCUGGAGAUUUGCUUGCCACAGAAAGCCUUGCAAAAUUGGAUGUGAGAUCGCCUGAUAGAUUGGUGGGUGAGCUUUAUUUUCUUGAUGAUACUGUCACAUUGUCGCCUGAGGAGCUGUCUAGGGCGCCUGCUGAAGUGUUGGGGAGAAGCAGCCAUGGGACAUCUUACAGGGCAACUCUGGACAAUGGGCUGUUCUUGACAGUGAAGUGGUUGAGAGAAGGUGUGGCAAAACAGAAGAAAGAGUUCGCCAAGGAAGCUAAAAAAUUUGCAAAUAUCAGACAUCCUAAUGUGGUGGGUCUAAAAGGGUACUACUGGGGGCCAACACAGCAUGAGAAGCUUAUUCUUUCAGAUUAUAUCUCACCAGGAAGUCUUGCGAGCUAUCUCUAUGAUCGACCGGGAAGGAAAGGUCCCCCAUUAACCUGGGCGCAAAGGCUCAAAAUUGCUGUUGAUGUUUCCCGCGGUCUGAACUAUCUUCACUUUGACCGAGCUGUUCCACAUGGUAACCUCAAGGCGACAAAUAUACUCCUAGAUGGUCCUGAUCUCAAUGCUCGCGUAGCCGAUUACUGCCUCCACCGUCUGAUGACCCAAGCUGGCACCAUGGAACAGAUUCUUGAUGCUGGUGUCUUAGGUUAUCGUGCUCCAGAGUUAGCUACUUCAAAGAAGCCACUGCCUUCCUUCAAGUCUGAUGUGUAUGCCUUCGGUGUUAUAAUGUUGGAACUUUUAACUGGAAGGUCCGCUGGUGAUGUGGUUUCGGGUGAGGAAGGAGGUGUUGAUUUGACAGACUGGGUACGCGUGAGAGUAUCCGAAGGCCGUGGUUCAGAGUGUUUUGAUGCUGUUUUGACACCUGAAAUGGGGAAUCCAUCAGUAGAGAAGGGAAUGAAGGAAGUGCUUGGAAUAGCUUUAAGAUGUAUAAGAUCUGUUUCAGAGAGGCCUGGUAUCAAGACUAUAUAUGAAGAUCUUUCAUCAAUAUAAGUUUGUUAUUCUGAAUCUAACUUAUUUUUGUAGUUGAUUUUUCAGGGGACUUAAUAUCUCAUUGGCUUCCCUUUUUGGUAUUAUUAUGGUGUAAUGUAAUCAGUUAAGUUUGUUAACCUUUGUUGUAAAAAUGGAUCAUAUUUGAAAGGAUGCAAAUGUUUCAAUUGUUA